UAUUAAUUUUCGGUCGCUUUGCAUUUUUAUAAACGUGCUAUUUUAAUAUUUAAAACAUAAUUUUUUACUCUCUAUAUUUUAUUAGCUCUUAGUAAGCGCUGUGGUGUAGUUUUUGCGCGGGUUUUCAGAACACCGGAGCGGCGGGCAGGCGGAUGGUGCGGUUGUGGUGGUGGUGCUGCUGGUGAUGGGGGAGGAGGAGGGACGGAGGCAGCGGGACCCGCGGAGCUACUUCAGCCCAGCACUCGCCUAAAACCGCGUUUUAUCCUCCGAAAUCUGAGAUUAAACAGCCGUUUUGCACCGCAGUCUAACUAUCCCGUUCUCGUAUGCACUUCACCGCGGUCGGGAAGCGAAAGUGAGCGCGGUGCGAGCGGCGAGGUCUGUUUAAAAGCACAAGAACUCGCCAAAAUGUAUCCGAGCGGAGCAGCUGGGGUUGCUGAGAUGUGUGAGGGCCUUACCUCUUCGCGAUCAGUAGAUUCUGCUCCUCCAUCUCCUCCAUCACACGAGUAUGUGUUCAAACCACCUCAGAGGCCAGACUUUGGCACCAUGGGCAGGACAAUCAAAUUGCAGGCCAACUUCUUUGAGAUGGAAAUCCCCAAGCUGGAGAUGUACCAUUAUGAUAUUGACAUCAAACCAGAGAAAUGCCCACGGAGGGUCAACCGUGAAAUUGUUGAGCACAUGGUCCAGCACUUUAAAACACAGAUCUUUGGAGAUCGAAAGCCUGUGUAUGACGGGAGGAAAAACCUGUACACAGCAAUGCCCUUACCUAUAGGGAGAGACAAGGUGGAGCUGGAGGUGACUAUCCCUGGAGAAGGAAAGGACAGAAGCUUUAAAGUGGCCAUAAAGUGGGUGUCCUGCGUUAGCCUGCAAGCUCUUCAUGAAGCAUUGUCUGGACGACUGCCAAGCAUUCCUUUUGAGACCAUUCAAGCUCUAGAUGUGGUCAUGAGACAUUUGCCCUCCAUGAGGUACACACCUGUUGGCCGCUCAUUCUUCACACCUUCAGAGGGCUGCUCCAACCCCCUUGGCGGAGGGAGGGAAGUCUGGUUUGGCUUCCACCAGUCUGUUCGACCAUCCCUUUGGAAAAUGAUGCUCAACAUCGAUGUGUCGGCCACUGCAUUCUACAAAGCACAACCAGUGAUUGAGUUCAUGUGCGAGGUUUUGGAUUUCAAAAGCAUUGAAGAACAACAGAAACCCCUUACAGAUUCUCAGAGAGUGAAGUUUACCAAGGAGAUAAAAGGUCUGAAGGUAGAGAUCACACACUGUGGGCAGAUGAAGAGGAAGUACAGAGUAUGUAAUGUAACCAGGAGACCAGCCAGCCACCAAACAUUUCCGUUACAGCAGGAGAAUGGACAGACCAUUGAAUGCACUGUGGCACAGUACUUCAAAGACAAAUACAAACUCGUGCUUCGGUACCCUCAUCUACCAUGUUUACAAGUUGGCCAGGAGCAGAAACACACCUACCUUCCUCUUGAGGUUUGUAACAUAGUGGCUGGACAGCGCUGCAUCAAGAAACUGACAGACAAUCAGACCUCCACUAUGAUUCGUGCCACCGCCCGCUCAGCACCUGACCGCCAGGAUGAAAUCAGCAAACUGAUGAGAAGUGCCAACUUCAAUACUGAUCCUUAUGUGCGUGAAUUUGGGGUCAUGGUGAGAGAUGAGAUGACUGAAGUGAAUGGCCGUGUCCUCCAAGCACCAUCGAUUCUCUACGGAGGCAGAAAUAAGGCAAUAGCUACCCCAAUUCAAGGUGUGUGGGACAUGAGAAACAAGCAGUUCCAUACUGGAAUAGAGAUCAAAGUGUGGGCCAUUGCCUGCUUUGCUCCUCAGAGACAAUGCACAGAACUGCUGCUGAAAGCGUUCACAGACCAGCUGCGGAAGAUUUCACGAGAUGCAGGAAUGCCGAUCCAAGGCCAGCCCUGCUUCUGUAAGUAUGCCCAGGGAGCUGACAGCGUGGAACCCAUGUUCAAGCAUCUGAAAUACACCUACCAAGGUCUGCAGCUGGUUGUGGUCAUCCUGCCAGGGAAGACUCCUGUGUAUGCGGAGGUGAAGCGAGUCGGGGACACUGUUUUGGGAAUGGCCACGCAGUGUGUCCAGGUGAAGAACGUCCAGAAAACCACUCCUCAGACCCUCUCCAACCUCUGUCUGAAGAUUAACGUUAAGCUAGGUGGAGUCAACAACAUUCUGCUUCCACAGGGCAGGCCCUUGGUGUUUCAGCAGCCAGUCAUUUUUCUGGGUGCAGACGUGACUCAUCCUCCAGCAGGUGAUGGAAAGAAGCCCUCCAUUGCUGCAGUGGUCGGCAGUAUGGAUGCUCACCCCAGCCGAUACUGUGCCACAGUACGGGUUCAGCAGCACAGACAGGAUAUCAUUCAGGACUUGGCUGCGAUGGUCAGAGAGCUUUUGAUCCAGUUUUACAAGUCCACUCGUUUCAAACCCACACGCAUCAUCUACUACAGAGACGGGAUUUCAGAAGGCCAGUUUAAUCAGGUUCUGCAACAUGAGUUACUGGCAAUCCGCGAGGCCUGUAUCAAACUUGAGAAAGACUACCAGCCAGGCAUCACUUUUGUGGUGGUCCAGAAAAGACACCAUACCAGACUGUUUUGUAUGGACAGGAAUGAGAGGGUUGGGAAGAGUGGGAAUAUCCCUGCUGGCACCACAGUUGACACCAAAAUCACUCAUCCAUCGGAAUUUGACUUCUACCUUUGCAGUCAUGCUGGCAUUCAGGGGACAAGCAGACCAUCUCACUAUCAUGUGUUGUGGGAUGACAACCAUUUCACCUCGGAUGAGCUGCAGGUGCUCACCUACCAGCUUUGCCACACAUACGUGCGCUGCACUCGCUCUGUAUCCAUCCCGGCACCAGCCUACUACGCCCACCUGGUGGCUUUCCGUGCCCGCUACCAUCUAGUAGACAAGGAACAUGACAGUGCUGAAGGUAGUCACACAUCAGGCCAGAGUAAUGGCCGAGACCAGCAAGCCCUGGCCAAAGCCGUGCAGAUCCACCAGGACACACUGCGCACCAUGUACUUUGCCUGAGCCCAACCAGAUUGAGUCCUGUAUCCUGAAACGUUUUGUAUGUGUAUGUUUAAUGUGCCACUUUCAUUGUGUGGGUUUCCUCAAAAGGAGAAGAAAUUCCCAUAUCUUUUAGAUGUCCAAAUCUCCACAUGGGUAAUUCCAAAUAUUUUAAACAUUCACAUUUUUUUCUGAGUAUUUAUUAGAGCACUGAGACGUUUGUUUAUCCCUUUUUAUUUUAAUUUUUUUUUAUAGGAGUUGAGGGUAUGUUGUGUAUCUCCGUUCAGUAUGUUCAUAUUGUAAGCUAGGAGUUAACCUGUUUACGUAGAUUCAACUCAAUCAACUUUACAAUGCUUUUAAAACUGACAGUUUUGAUUUUGUGAUGGGUGGGUUCUAUUAUUAUUAUUAUUAUUAUUAUUAUUCCAGGCCAGAUUGUAGAGAUUCUAAAGUAGUUCUUUUAAUGAACUCGUUACACAUUUAAGGCUGCAAGAAAAGUUUAAGGAACAGAUCAUGUUUCGGGGUUGGUUGUUCAGUUGCACUCUCCGCAACUGUAUUGUCAUUCAUGUGCACUGACUGAAGGGGCACAACUUCAGGACACAAGUACUUAUUGUGUUUUAUGUUUCAUUUGUGUGUACUAACAUAAAUCUCAAUGUUGUCUUUUUUUGUUAGUCCUAAACCUAUUAAUUCUACCAUAGUCAUUCUUAAUUCUUGGAGUAAUUAACAACUGACUGGGAUGAAAGUGCUGUUUUUUAGAAUGUGUGAUAAGGACAGUGAAUUUAGCAGGACAGUAGAAAUUUGAUCAGCUUGACAUGCUUUAUUGCCAUUCCCUCACCAUGAUAAGAGUGUUAUGACAAUCAGCUGUCUGGGCCUAAAUAGGAUGUGAUGGAUCAUGCAGGACAGGUUCCUGUUAGUGACACUUUUCCUAUUUUUGAGCCAAGUUUGUCAAUAAGGAAUCUGUUCUAAUCAGGCCAGAGUCCUUUUUUGAUAUGACAUCCUUUCUGUGUGUUCGUGUGUGUAUACGUGUUUUGUAUGUGUGUUUUCCCAUUCUAACAUUGUCAUGUAAAGAGUGAGCAUUUAGACUCUCAUAUAGACUUAAAAGAGAAAUACUAAUGUCUUUACAUACUAAUCAUUUAGAUCAAAGUCAUUUCUCUAUUUGCUUCUGAGUUGAUAUAUAUUGAUUGCGGUGAGAGCUGUCUGAAGCAUUGCUUCAGGUUAUAGGCGUGUUGGUGAUUAAUGAGUCAGUCCAGUUUUUGCUUGUACAGGAAGGAUUGUCUCAGCUGACUGGGGUUGGUUGUUCCAGAGAGACACUCUCACUCUGCAGUGUAGUGAGUAAAAUUGGUGCUUCUGAAAGCCUCGUAUGUACUGUGUGGUUCAGAGAAGAGUCAGGGUUGAAGAAUAUUUUAUUGACACUGGGCUGCAUACUGCCAUUCUUCAGCACACCACGUCCACACAUGCUGAUGGCUCAUAAAACCAUGGCCUUAACUGUGGAGAGGUCCUGUGAGUUGAGAAAAAGAGUUUAAAAUGAGUCACAGUGGAGGUGAGAAAUUUCGUCUGAAUGUGUUAUGCACCUUAAUGUUUUGCCCAAAUGUCAGUGAUUAAGUAAGAGCCUUUACCAUAGAAGUUUUUGGUUUUCUCCCCCCCCCCCCCCCCCUCCCUUUUGAUUAUGGAGGUCUUUUUAAAAGCUUUGUAGUGCCACAGUGUUUGGCCAGUCGGCAAAUGGUUUUUAGUUUUUGUUGCAUUGAUAAUGGGAUAUAGGGUAUAGUGACAAUGGAUCACCCACUCGUAAUUCAAUUUGAGCCGCAAUAUAUUGUAUGCAUCUCCUGUAUACUGUUAUAAUGCAACAUCUGAAUGCCUUCUAAAGCUCCCCAUAAGGUGUGAUAGUCUGUGCUGGUUAAUUAGCUGUACUGGUUAUUCCCCAUAUAAUGUUUGGGUUAAUUUAACUAGCUUAGAGUUGGGAUAUUUUUAACUCUUCUUUUUUUUCUAACUAUGCAUUUAUAACCAAGAGAUUUUAGUGAUGUUUGUGUAUAUGAAAUAUGAAUUUAGAAAAUACAGUAUGUAUUGUAGUCAUUUUAAGCUGGGUGCUUUUAAUAGUGUGCAUAGUAGUGCGAAAUCCUGUAUCCGUUGUAGCAGUAUUAGCCAACAGAAUACUAUAUUUUUAUUAUAUCAGACAAUUGGGUAAACUUUGUAAGACUUUCAGUUAUUCCUGUUAGCCAAGAAAGAUUACAAAUCGUAAGUAUACUGUUGUCCUACAGUGAUUCAAAGCACAAAAAUUGCAUUGGCAUAAUUGUAGGUGCUAGAUUUUUCCUGACAUUUUUUAAAAUCACAAUUCUGUUUUCUUUACCAUGAAAUCAUCAUAUAAGCCUCAACCAUAGAACUGGUCCGUGAGGUUGAGUUUCUUCAGUUAACCUUGAACGUUAUUCAUUACUGUCAUUUUCCGACUUGACUGUGUUUGCAGGGGCAUUUUAGUUCUCAGUCUCAGUCAAAUACUUGAGUUAGUUUUACUGAGUGGCGCUGGUCUUGAAACUUGUGAAAGUAGAUGCACUUUUAAAGGGCAAAGGACAUUAUACCUUUAGUUCCAUAAGAUUCAAAGCAUGAAGUUAUUCUCCGGUUGUAAUUGUGUGGAAAUGGCUAGAUGUCCUACCUCGUGUUGCCUGUUUCUGAUAUUAUGGUAACAUACUUGCAUUAGUCAUUUCUUCAUAAUUACAGGAAUUUUACUGACUUGUGUAUCUCUUAAGAGGCCAAGCUUGGUGCCAUUUAAAUCCAUUAAAAUCGACUGCCAUAUUUUUUACCAGUAAAAAAGUGUUCAAAGCCUCAAAGAAGGAUCGCUGCAAGUUUAAACUGCAAAUCAGAGUGGAUUAUUUACUGAAAGUGUACAGUAUGAAUACUGUCAUGUUCUGCCAAAUGUUUUUACGUUGCAAAACUUUCAAGUUGUAUCUGUUUGCCCCACCUCUGUGGCUGCUCAUUGGACUGCGCAUAUCUUGUAGUUUUCCUCUUUAGUUUUUCAGCUGUAUUUGUCAUUUACUUAAAGAAGCAAACUGAGGCAACAGUAAUUUUUUUAACUAAUUCUUAGACCCGUCUAACUGGGACAAACCUGAUCUCUUCAGCUUUCAGUUGUUACUGAGUCUUUUAUUAUUUUACAUUUUGAAUCCAGCACCUUAGAUUGUCAGAACUCUUCAGCAUAUGCAAUUACUCAAAAUAUGGAAAAAAAAAUGUAUGAUCGACAUGUGUUUGCACUAUAUCAAGAGGUGACUAGGCUAGUGUUGUAAAGAUUGUAAUAUUAGCAAAGUUCUGGUUGCCACCAUAAACGCUAAAGUACACUGCAGUUUCUUGAGCUAAGUUUGUAUUACAGUUUUGUAUGCACACGGGCACAGACAAACUGCUAAUUGGUGCAAACUCAAAUAAAGUCCUGAUAUUCUCAUAACUAUGCAAAAACUGAAUUCUGUUCAGAGCCAUCAGUCCUAUUUUAGGUUUUGUGAUUGUGUACAUACAAUUAGCUUUAAGCUGAUUCUUCACUGUAUACAGUAUUUGCUGUAUACUCUAUCUAAAGCUCUAAUCCAGAAUUAAUAUUUUCUGCAUUUUAAGGCCCGUUCGCUCAAAUUUCGAUAAAAAAAAUUAAGGACAAAUUUGAUGCAAGAUGAUUUUUUAUAGGCAUUUGUAAUUAUUUGAGUUUAUAAUUUUCAUUUUCUAUACAGUUAUUAAGCAGAAGUGUUUUUCAAACUAUAAAAUGAAAAACUAAAUCCAACCACAUUUAAUGUGUCAUGAUUCCAGUGUCAUACAGAACCUGAUCCUGAUCAACUGGUAUUGAAAUGCUAGAUUACUACAUUCAUCUAUGCACAGUAAAACAUGGAUUUGAAUGAAAAUGAACAUGGUGCUGUUUUAGAUUAAACUGUGUUGCCUCAGUUGGAGAAUGCAGGAGAAUACCUAAUCAAUUUAUCUCCUUUAUUUUCUAUAAUGUAUUUCAGCAAAUAGUGUAUGUAGAAAUGUAACAUUACUGCCAGUGAAAUAGCUUGUGCUUGUAAUAGAGAGAAGUAAACAGUGUGAAAAACUUUUUUUUAAAUUGGUGGGAAUUUUUACACCAAGUGAAGGCCCUUUUUAGACAUUUUAAAUGGUUCUUUCCCCCUCAAACAUGGUUCUUUAUAUAACCUAAAUUGCACAAAGAACCAUUAGUAGUACCAUUUGUUCUUGAGAGUUUAGUACAGUCUGGUCCGUAAAUAUUAAAUAGGAUAUUGAUAUUUUGGAAAGUUUCCUAGUAACUUGAAGGUGCAACAAUAUGUGCAGCAAAUAGAGUACUGUACUAGAGUAUCCAGGACUGUGAAUUGAGUACCAUUUGUUACCAUUGUUAAUUUUUGAUUAGGCUUCCAUCUUUAGAACAAACUAUUGUUUUUUUUUCAUGCCAAAAAAGUCCAAAAUAUAUAUAUUUUUAAAUAAUUAGAUUUAAAUAUGUAGCUAAGAAUUAUGCAUGUUGGACUUCAGUGCUGUCUCUUAUGCGCGAGUCAUUUUAAUCUGUGGCUAGAGUGUUUAGACUGAGACACAUCUGUACAAAUCUGGUUUUAAUCGCAUCUCAAAGCACCUCCACAUAUGUUUUGGAUCCAAUUUGAGCAAAUCUAAUUUCGUAUUGUUUCUGGCUGCACAGAUAAUCAAAAAUCAUCCACAAUACAAUUUAGAUAUGUGAAAUGUGCAUUCUGAACAUAGCCAUUUUUGGAUUGGAGGAUUGAAAGAAUUAGACUAAAUUAUGAUGUUCCUUAACCAGCGAAAGCAUAAAAUGCUGUCUCUAUAGAUUAAACAUUUCUUGAACUUUGCACUGUAAUAGGUAGGAGCAAUUUUGUUAACCUGUCUGUUACUCUGUUGUAUUUGAGGACCAUUCUCUGCAUUGCAUCUUACAACAAAAUUAAUCAAAUUCAUUUCAGAGGCAAAAAAAAUCCUAAAUAUGUUUGAAGAAACACCCCUGAUGAGAUCAUAAUGUAUAUGAAUGUACUUGUGAAUGGCAGUAGUUUAAAUAGUGGCUAAUAGUGGUCUCAUGUAUGCACAUUUAAAGUUCUGAUCAGCUGCAGUUCAGCUAUGUUCUAAUGGGACACUGGACUACAGAAUUUCGUCUUACAUGGUGUAUAAUCUAACACACAAGCAUUUGGGCAAUUAUUAAGGAUACACACCGGCACAAAUAUUAUUUCCGUUGCUUGUGUUUGAGGUGCUGCACUGUAAGACUUGUACAUAAUUUAGCGCUAUAUUGUAGUGUUUUUUGUUUUUGUUUUUAGAGUGUUAAACUUUUUUUGAAACAGUUUUCAAAAUUUAAGGAGCAUCUAGUUCCAUCCAGCCACUAUUUUGAGCUAUAGCAUAAUGUUCAUCCUACAACCGUAAAAAAAAAAAACUUGUCCUGAACAGCCUGCUUUGUGGUUUAUCCGAUAGUCAUAAGCAUAAAAGUGGUACUUGAUGAGCUCCAGUUCACUGUGUGUAUAAAGUAAAAGGCUUUGAUUAGCAAAUUGAAACUUCAACCAUUCUCACUUUUACCACAGUUCAGUUGGCAUCCUAAUCGAACUUCAUUCACAAUACUUGUUAGACAUGGUCUGUCAGGAGGCAGGAGUUGCAGGAGUUCCCGGAGCACAUACAUAUUGAAUACAAAGAAAAAAAAAAACUGUUAUCAGUUUUACUAUUUCGUUUUGUUUUUUUCUUUUUUUUAUUGAAAAAGGACAUAUCAUUGGGCAUCAAUGUUUCAGAUGUACACACAAUACUGAAAUAUGAGGGUUAUUGUGUGUAGGACUAUAGUUAGUCAAGACUGAUUUAAUGACCUGGCUUUUUAUACCAACUUUUUGAAAACUACCUCAGAAUGGUGUCAGGUGCUAGCGUUGUAUAUCCCUAAUUUAUAUGAUCAUGACAAAGAGUAAUAGUGGUGACCAAACAACACAAGCCAAUACUGUGUGUUAGAGGUAUUUAGUUAUAUUUUACGUUUUUUUUUUUUUAAACUGAAAUUUGUAUUAUGGACUAAAAUGAGGGAUGUUUUUGGUGUGUAAAAAAUGUAGGGGACCAAAUUGUGAGCAGUAAUAAAGCUUCCCUUUUUAAAAUGUAGUAAGAUUAUAAUCUUUUAAUGGACUGUAAGGUUGCGUUUGGCAAAAGCUGUAGUCCUACCAGAGAGAAUUUUUAAAUUUUGUAUAUGGAGACAUGCUGGUCAGUGGGCAUUAUUGCUUUCUGUAAUAGUAAGAGUGCUAGAGUGUGAAUGCAGAGCAAUAAAUGAGAGGUGUGGUCUUGUCUACAGGGUGUGUGUUGAUUGAUUGGCGUUUCACAGGGUGAGCUGGUGCUCCUGGGUUUGUAAGCUUUUGGGAAGCUGGCAGUGUCCUCUCUCCAUGUCCAUCAGUAGCAACGUGCCAUGUUUAGAUAACACUGGGCGAUAACGGCUCCAAAAAAAAUCUCUUGUAUUUUUUGCAAUACUAGGACAAGCAUGUUUGUAGACUUGUACUUUUUAUUGUAGAUUUAUUCACAUUUGGCAGCACAGUUUAAAUACAAUGAAGCAGCUUGGCAAUACGUAACAAGUGGUAAUCUCUGAGUCUGUCACUCUUCAUGCUUGCAUUGUACUUGGCUCCUCUUUAUAUCCAGUAUUGCAAUAAUGAAAACCGCUAAAUGAAAACUCCACGGUAAGGGUAAGCAGGUCAAGAAUAAGCUACAUAAAAGUGUUUUUAAUUGUAAUUUGAUGUAUUUUACCAUGCUACAUUUUAGAAAGGGAAUUUGUUUUUAAAUGUAAAUUCUCCAAUUUUAACUGAAUGUGUUGCAACACAUACUGAUACACUGGCAUAUUUCAGUUGUUUCCAGAGAGUUUAAUCUAAUCAAUGUAAGAGGUACAAAAAAGGUUGUAUUGAAUUUUAAUCAAUGUUUUUGUGUUGUGGUUGAGCUAAAGACUUAGACAUCCAGUUUGUGUUCUGUUUUUGUUUUUUGUGUGCCUUUUCUGAUCUGUCUCACCCCCUAUAUUUAACGGGUGAAGGGUGAUAGUCCUUUUCAUUUGCCACAUCAAAGAAUUUCUACAUUGAUUUUCAUGCAACCUUGAGUGAAUGCUGCAUAGAACGAUCAGUAUUUGUAUUUUGCACUUUCUAAGCAGUUAAAAAAAAGAUGCCCUUUUUAAAAAAAAAAAAAUGGGCAGACCAAUAGCUAAAAACAAAAAAAAGUCAAUUAAGACGAGGUAUAUUCUGCUAUAAUAGAAUUCUAAAGAACCAUUUGACAUGGAGGUCUUUGCUUAAAAGUGUAGAGACAUGAAGUACCUCAUAAGCCUGAUAUAUGCUGCAUCAACAUUGAGUGAGUUUUCUUUUGUGAACCUCAUAUUUUCAAACAUGGCAAAACCGUUUCCCAGGUGGGAGGUUUGAUGUACAUGCGAGGCAGCGCAUAUGCCGUUCACAUACUGAUUUUUUUUAUUUAUUUUUAUAUAUUUUUGAGGGGGUUAGACUGCAUCCUUUAUCUGUACAUAGACCACUGAAGUUGUGCAUCUUUCUGUAGUCCUAGUUAUGCCCAUAUUUGGCAUUCUGGACCUAACCUUUCUACCAUUUUCAGUGGCAGAAAUAAAUACGGUAGGUGUUUUUCCUCCUCUGAAAUAUGGAAAAAUUGUAGGAAAAUUAUGUUUUCAAUAUGGCUACAUGUAAGCUAAUGCACACUAAAUUAAUGCUAUUUUGUAUCGUAAACAAAUGCACAAACCAGAAUCCUCCACUAUUGUAGUCGAGUGAAAAGCAGUUAUUUAUUAUUCUAGCACCAACUUACCAGCAUAGGGUAUGUUUUCCCCUGGGUAAGAACCAGUUACCAAGCACGACACAAUGCUCACCUCUUUUAAUUAUUUCAUGAUCAUUCUUGAAGAAGGAUAAUAAAUCAAAACAUAGCCUUUUUAUCUUACUGAUGUCUAACUGACGUGCAGUAGCAUUAGCUUGCAUCUAGCAAUAUUGGUAUUACAACUCUUAAACAACCUUAUAAUUUAAAGGAUCCAGAGAUGUUCAGGAGAAAAAUGUGCACAAAGCGAAACUUACAAGGAUCUGAACACUAGGUGAAGUUUUAAAAACCCCCCAUUCAUUUCUGACUUUGAAAAUCGAGGUUGAUGCUGACUACAGACUGCGUGAUGACACAACUUUAGUGAUCCACUGGCUGUUUGUUGGAGUGAUCAAGACACACAUCAAGGCUUAAAGAGUGCACAGGGAAUCCAGCGUGGUGUUCUGUCUUGGCCAUUUUAACUUACAAAUCUCCUGUAGUGACAAGGUCUGUAUUUUAUUUUUUUUUAGCAAAAGUCACGAAUACCUAUCCCCUAAUAAUUUAAACAUAUUUGGUGACUUGAUAUAGUCAUGAAUGACUGUUGACUCAGGUAUCGCCGUGUAAGGGCUGUAUCUGCUACUGCUUCCCCCCUCCUGCACUCCUUCCUCCCUCACCUGUGUCUUAAGGUAGCCUUGGAACUGCAUUUAUGGAUAGAACAACACAUACAUAGCAUAUCUGGCCUUAAAAUAUGCACUACUCACCAGAACAUGCAAGUUAUGCUUUGUUAUAGGUCACUGCCAAUCAUCGCCAUAUGCUUUUUGUUAUAAAUCUACCUCCUAUGAAUGUAGGAGUGUCCUGGAUCUACAAAAGGAUUUCCUUUAUUUUUUCUUUUCCUUUGUUUAGUCUGGAAAGACAAUCCUCGGCUGGCCCAAGCGUGUAUUCAACUACUCCAGGACACUCCAGCUGAGGCUGUACACUUUAGGGCCCCCCCCCCCAGUGUUCAUGUAAGCCAUGGAAAAGCAAAGUGACCAAAGUCUUUACUGAGGCAUUCCUGCACUGCCUUGCAGGCUCAAACCUCCCCCUUCCUUCAGCCAUUUUAUUUUUUAUGUUUCCUCCUUAACCACAUGCCAAAUUGAAUUUGCUGUCAUUUCUGUUGUGAUGAGGUCGUUUCUUUCUCAUUCUUGUGUUUGGGCUCACUGCUAAGCUCUGUCUCAUCAUUUACUUCUUGUCAGUGUAAAGUGUGAGCUUUGAGGGUUUUUUGUUUCUGUUUUUUCUUUUCGUUUCUGCUUUCUUUUGUGUUAAUUAUGAUUACAAUCUCAAGAUAUGCUGUAAACCCUGCUAGGACAUAAUGUGAAUACGUAUCAUUUAAUAUAGUUGACUCUUUCGCUUGACUGUAUAUUGCAUUGAUAAAAUAAAGUUAAUAAACUUUAA